AUGGCCGACGGGCAGAGCAAGCCUCCAUACACCUCCUACAUUAUUUAUGAGAACAAAGUGAGUGAGAGCUGAGGUACUUACAGGGAUCAUUAGGACACAACUAAUCUAUCCCAGUAAUGUCAAUACCAACAUCUCAUUAAUGCCCCUCCAUCCCAGCUGUGAAGAGGUGGAGACUCGUACAGGAGGGGUGAAGAAGUGGAUGCUAAAGGGACUUUAUGGGUGCAUAAGGUGAUGUAAUACAUAGUAACUCUAAGGUCGGAAUGCCAAUUGAUGUUGUAAUGUUGCCAAUUCAAAUAGUCUUUCUAAUAUACAGCGGCUUGCGAAAGUAUUCACCCCCCUUGGCAUUUUUCCUAUUUUGUUGCCUUACAACCUGUCAUGAAAAUUGAUUUUUGGGGGGUUUGUAUCAUUUGAUUUACACAACAAGCCUACCAUUUUGAAGAUGCAAAAUAUUUUUUCUUGUGAAACAAACAAGAAAUAAGACAAAAAAACAGAAGACUUGAGCGUGCAUAACUUUAGAAAGCUGACUUAUAGAGAGCUGCCUGACUGACUGUCUUUUAAAGAGCUGUCUUAUAGAGAGCUGCCUGCCAGGCUAACUUAUAGAGAGCUGCCUGACCGGCUGUCUUGUAGAGAGCUGUCUUACAGAGAGCUGCCUGACCGACCGUCUUAUAGAGAGCUGACUUAUAGAGAGCUGUCUGACCGACUGUCUUAAAGAGAGCUGUCUUAUAGAGAGCUGCCUUAUAGAGAGCUGCAUUAUAGAGAGCUGUCUUAUGGAGAGCUGUCUUACAGAGAGUUGCCUGACCGACUGUCUUAUAGAGAGCUAUUUAAUAGAGAACUGUCUGACUGACUGUCUUAUAGAGAGCUGCCUUAUAGAGAGCUAUUUUUUAGAGAGCUGAGUUAUAGAGAGCUGUCUUAUAGAGAGCUAUUUUUUAGAGAGCUGAGUUAUAGAGAGCUGUCUUAUAGAAAGAUGCCUGACUGACUGUCUUACCGAGAGCUGUCUUAUAGAGAGAGCUGCCUGACCGACUCUAUUAUAGAGAGCUGUAUACAGAGAGCUGUCUUAUAGAAAACUGUCUCAUAGAGAGCUGCUUGACCGACUGUCUUAUAGAGAGCUGUCUUAUAGAGAGCUGUCUUAUAGAGAGCUUUCUGACCGACUGUCUUACAGAGAGCUGUUUUAUGGAGAACUGUCUUAUAGAGAGCUUUCUUACAGAGAGCUGUCUUAUAGAUAACUGUCUUAUAGAGAGCUACCUGGCCGACUGUCUUAUAGAGAGCUGUUGAAUAGAGAACUGUCUUAUAGAGAGCUAUCUUAUAGAGAGCUGUAUUACAGAGAGCUGUCUUAUAAAGACCUGUCUUAUAGAGAGCUGCCUGACCGACUGUCUUAUAGAGAGCUGUCUUAUAGAGAGCUGUAUACAGAGAGCUGUCUUAAAGAGAACUAUCUUACAGAGAGCUGUUUUACAGAAAACUGUCUUAUAGAGAGCUGUCUUAUAGAGAGUUGUUUUAUAGAGAGCAGUCUUAUGGAGAACUGUCUUAUAGAGAGCUGUAUAAUAGAGAGCUGUCUUAUAGAGAGCUGCCUGAAUGACUGUCUUAUAGAGAGCUGUCUUAAUAAAGAGCUGUCUUAUAGAGAAUUGUCUUAAGAGAGCUGCUUAAAAGAAUGCUUUUAAGAGAGUCUUGAACGCCUUUGGAAGGUGUUAAAAAGCCUUAGAAGUUUUAGAGAGGUUUUUAGAGAGCUGUCUUAUUGAGAGCGUCUUAAGGACCUCCUUUAGAAGUGCCUUUGGGGGCCCUUUUAAAAGAGCUGCCUACCCCGUUUAGGAGAGGUUUCCUUAUAGAAACUGCCCUUUUAAAAACGCUAAAGACUGCUAUGGUUGCUUAUAGAAAAGGGCCUUUUUAGAGCUUUUAAGAGACGCUUACGGGGCUGCCUUUUAAGGCUGCUUAAAGGGGUCCUGACGACUGUUUAUAGAAGCCCUUUUUUAGAGAGCGCCAAAUUUUUUUAAAAGGUCUUACAGGGGCGCCUGGGCUGUCCCCAAAGAGCUUUUUGGGCUGCCCCGAGCUGGGGGCUGCUUACGGGGCUGCCUUAUAGGCUUUUAAGACUGCCUGCCCUGGCUUUGGAAGCUGCUCCCCAAUGUGACCGACCAUAUGUUUAUGUAUGCUUUAAUUCCUUAUUUCCUCGUACUUUUUUUAAGGGGCUGCCGCCGCCGUUUUUGGGGCAUCCCCGGGGCCCCCCUAUGAAAAAUUUUUCCCGUGUUUUUUUGGUAAAACGCGCAAAAAAAAGGGGGGGGGGGGGGGGGGGGGGGGGGGGAAAGGUUUUGGGGGGGGUUUUUUGGUUUUUUUGGGGGGGAAGGGGGGGGGGGGGGGUGGGGGGGGGGGGGGGGGGGGUUUUUUUUUUUGGGGGUGAAAGGGGGGGGGGGGGGGGGGGGGGGAAAAAAGGGGGGAAAAAAAAAGUCCUCGGGGGGGGGGGGGGGGGGGGGGGGGGGGGUGGGGGGACUUUUUUUGGGGUGGGGGGGGGGGAGUUGGGGGGGCGGGUGGGGGGGUGGGCCCCGGGGGGUGGGGGGGGGCGGGGGGUUUUGGGGGGGGGGGGUUUUUUUUUGGGGGGGGGUGGGGGGGGGGGGGGUUUUUUUUUUUGGGGGGGGGGGGGGGGGGGGUGGUUUUUGGGGGGCGGGGGGGGGGGGGGGGGGGUUUUUGGGGGGGGGGGGGGGGUUUUUUUUUUUUUUUUUGGGGGGGGGGGGUUUUUUUGGGGGUUUUUUGUUUUUUGGGGGUUUUUUUUUUUGGGGGGGGGGGGGGAAAAAAAAAAAGGGGGGGGGGGGGGGGGGGGGGGGGGGGGGGGGGGGGUUUAAAAAGAGGGCCCCCAGGCAACUUUAAAUUUCGCCUUUAACCCUGUUUUUAGAGAGUCUUUCAGGAUCCUAGCCCUUAUUAAAGGCCAAAAAAACUUUAUAUUCCCCAAAGGGGUUUUUAGACUCCUUAAGGGGAGUAUUAAGGUUUUUGGAAGGGUUUUAAAAAAGUUUUCCGCCGACUGUUUAUAAAAGCUUUUAAAACGUAGCUGUUUUAACCCGGGCCAUAAAAAGCAAACCUCCCCUACACUCCUACUUUUAUGAGAACAAGUGAAUGAAGCUGAGGUACUUACAGGAUCAUUAGGACACAACUAAUCUAUCCCAGUAAUGUCAAUACCAACAUCUCAUUAAUGCCCCUCCAUCCCAGCUGUGAAGAGGUGGAGACUCGUACAGGAGGGGUGAAGAAGUGGAUGCUAAAGGGACUUUAUGGGUGCAUAAGGUAGCUUAGUUAUGGGCGGCAGGUAGCUUAGUGGUUAAGAGCGUUGUGCCAGUAACCGAAAGGUCGCUGGUUCUAAUCCCUGAGCCGACUAGGUGAAAAAUCUGUCGAUGUGCCCUUGAGCAAGGCACUUAACCCUAAUUGCUCCUGUAAGUCGCUCUGGAUAAGAGCGUCUGCUAAAUGACCAAUUAUUAUUAUUAAUUAUUAAGGUGAUGUAAUACAUAGUAACUUUAAGGUCGGAAUGCCAAUUAAUGUUGUAAUGUUGCCAAUUCAAAUAGUCUUUCUAGUAUACAGCGGCUUGCGAAAGUAUUCACCCCCCUUGGCAUUUUUCCUAUUUUGUUGCCUUACAAACUGGCAUGAAAAUUGAUUUUUUUGGGGGGUUUGUAUCAUUUGAUUUACACAACAUGCCUACCAUUUUGAAGAUGCAAAAUGUUUUUUCUUGUGAAACAAACAAGAAAUAAGACAAAAAAACAGAAGACUUGAGCGUGCAUAACUUUAGAAAGCUGACUUAUAGAGAGCUGCCUGACUGACUGUCUUUUAAAGAGCUGUCUUAUAGAGAGCUGCCUGCCAGGCUAACUUAUAGAGAGCUGCCUGACCGGCUGUCUUGUAGAGAGCUGUCUUACAGAGAGCUGCCUGACCGACCGUCUUAUAGAGAGCUGACUUAUAGAGAGCUGUCUGACUGACUGUCUUAAAGAGAGCUGUCUUAUAGAGAGCUGCCUUAUAGAGAGCUGCAUUAUAGAGAGCUGUCUUAUGGAGAGCUGUCUUACAGAAAGUUGCCUGACCGACUGUCUUAUAGAGAGCUAUUUAAUAGAGAACUGUCUGACUGACUGUCUUAUGAGAGCUGCCUUAUAGAGAGCUAUUUUUUAGAGAGCUGAGUUAUAGAGAGCUGUCUUAUAGAGAGCUAUUUUUUAGAGAGCUGAGUUAUAGAGAGCUGUCUUAUAGAAAGAUGCCUGACUGACUGUCUUACCGAGAGCUUUCUUAUAGAGAGAGCUGCCUGACCGACUCUAUUAUAGAGAGCUGUAUACAGAGAGCUGUCUUAUAGAAAACUGUCUCAUAGAGAGCUGCUUGACCGACUGUCUUAUAGAGAGCUGUCUUAUAGAGAGCUGUCUUAUAGAGAGCUUUCUGACCGACUGUCUUACAGAGAGCUGUUUUAUGGAGAACUGUCUUAUAGAGAGCUGUAUUAUAGAGAGCUUUCUUACAGAGAGCUGUCUUAUAGAUAACUGUCUUAUAGAGAGCUGUCUUAUAGAGAGCUACCUGGCCGACUGUCUUAUAGAGAGCUGUUGAAUAGAGAACUGUCUUAUUGAGAGCUAUCUUAUAGAGAGCUGUAUUACAGAGAGCUGUCUUAUAAAGACCUGUCUUAUAGAGAGUUGCCUGACCGACUGUCUUAUAGAGAGCUGUCUUAUAGAGAGCUGUAUACAGAGAGCUGUCUUAAAGAGAACUAUCUUACAGAGAGCUGUUUUACAGAAAACUGUCUUAUAGAGAGAUGUCUUAUAGAGAGUUGUUUUAUAGAGAGCAGUCUUAUGGAGAACUGUCUUAUAGAGAGCUGUAUAAUAGAGAGCUGUCUUAUAGAGAGCUGCCCGAACGACUGUCUUAUAGAGAGCUGUCUUAUAAAGAGCUGUCUUAUAGAGAAUUGUCUUAAAGAGAGCUGCUUUAUGGAGAGAUGCCUUACAGAGAACUACCUGACCGACUGUCUUAUAGAGAGCUGUAUUAUAGAGAGCUGUCUUAUUGAGAGCUGUCUUACAGAGAGCUGCCUUAUAGAGAGCUGUCUUAUUGAGAGCUGUCUUAGAGAGAGCUGCCUGACCGACUGUCUUAGAGAGAGUUGCCUUAUAGAGAGCUGCCUUAUAGAGAGCUGCCUAACCGACUGUCUUAUAGAGAGCUGUCUUAUAGAGAGCUGCCUUAUAGAGCUGUCUUACAGAGAGCUAUCUUACAGAGAGCUGCCUUAUAGAGUGCUGCCUUAUAGAGAGCUGCCUGACUGACUGUCUUAUAGAGAGCUCUUUUAUAGAGAGCUGCCUGACCGACUGUCUUAUAGAGAGCUGUCUUACAGUGGGCUGCCUGACCGACUGUCUUAUAGAGAGCUGUCUUAUAGAGAGCUGCCUUAUAGAGCUAUCUUACAGAGAGCUGUCUUACAGAGAGCUGCCUUAUAGAGAGCUGUCUUAUAGAGAGCUGCCUGACCGACUGUCUUAUGGAGAGCUGUCUCACAGAGAGCUGCCUGACCGACUGUCUUAUAGACUGUCUUAUGUGACUGUCUUAUAGACUGUCUUAUGUGGUCCUCUGUAGCUCAAUUGGUAGAGCAUGGCGCUUGUAACGCCAGCGUAGUGGGUUCGAUCCCCGGGACCACCCAUAUGUAAAAAUUUAUGCACACAUGACUGUAAGUCUCUUUGGAUAAAAGCGUCUGCUAAAUGGCAUAUUAUUAUUCUUAUAGUGGGCUGCCUGACCGACCGUCUUAUAAAGAGCAUCCUGACCAGCUGCUUUAUAGAGCACUUAUUCCUUAGUUGCUUUAUUCACAUGGUGAGCUGCAAGACCCCAGGGGACCACUGGAAUGGCCGACGGGCAGAGCAAGCCUCCAUACACCUCCUACAUUAUUUAUGAGAACAAAGUGAAUGAGAGCUGAGGUACUUACAGGGAUCAUUAGGACACAACUAAUCUAUCCCAGUAAUGUCAAUACCAACAUCUCAUUAAUGCCCAUCCAUCCCAGCUGUGAAGAGGUGGAGACUCGUACAGGAGGGGUGAAGAAGUGGAUGCUAAAGGGACUUUAUGGGUACAUAAGGUGAUGUAAUACAUAGUAACUUUAAGGUCGGAAUGCCAAUUAAUGUUGUAAUGUUGCCAAUUCAAAUAGUCUUUCUAAUAUACAGCGGCUUGCGAAAGUAUUCACCCCCCUUGGCAUUUUUCCUAUUUUGUUGCCUUACAACCUGUCAUGAAAAUUGAUUUUUGGGGGGUUUGUAUCAUUUGAUUUACACAACAAGCCUACCAUUUUGAAGAUGCAAAAUAUUUUUUCUUGUGAAACAAACAAGAAAUAAGACAAAAAAACAGAAGACUUGAGCGUGCAUAACUUUAGAAAGCUGACUUAUAGAGAGCUGCCUGACUGACUGUCUUUUAAAGAGCUGUCUUAUAGAGAGCUGCCUGACUAGCUGCCUUAUAGAGAGCUGACUUAUAGAGAGCUGCCUGACUGACUGUCUUAUAAAGAGAUGUCUUAUAGAGAGCUGCCUGCCAGGCUAACUUAUAGAGAGCUGCCUGACUAGCUGUCUUAUAGAGAGCUGUCUUAUAGAGAGCUGCCUGACUGACUGUCUUUUAAAGAGCUGUCUUAUAGAGAGCUGCCUGCCAGGCUAACUUAUAGAGAGCUGCCUGACUAGCUGUCUUAUAGAGAGCUGACUUAUAGAGAGCUGCCUGACUGACUGUCUUAUAAAGAGCUGUCUUAUAGAGAGCUGCCUGCCAGGCUAACUUAUAGAGAGCUGCCUGACUAGCUGUCUUAUAGAGAGCUGUCUUAUAGAGAGCUGCCUGACUAGCUGCCUUAUAGAGAGCUGACUUAUAGAGAGCUGCCUGACUGACUGUCUUAUAAAGAGCUGUCUUAUAGAGAGCUGCCUGCCAGGCUAACUUAUAGAGAGCUGCCUGACUAGCUGUCUUAUAGAGAACUGUGUUAUAGAGAGCUGCCUGACUGACUGUCUUAUAAAGAGCUGUCUUAUAGAGAGCUGUCUUAUAGAGAACUGCCUGACUAGCUGUCUUAUAGAGAACUGUGUUAUAGAGAGCUGCCUGACUGACUGUCUUAUAAAGAGCUGUCUUAUAGAGAGCUGUCUUAUAGAGAGCUGCCUGACCAACUGUCUUAUAGAGAACUGUCUUAUAGAGAGCUGCCUGACCAACUGUCUUAUAGAGAACUGUGUUAUAGAGAGCAGCCUGACCGAAUGUCUUAUAGAAUGUCUUAUGUGGUCCUCUGUAGCUCAAUUGGUAGAGCAUGGCGUUUGUAACGCCAGGGUAGUGGGUUUGAUCCCCGGGACCACCCAUAUGAAAAAAUUUAUGCACACAUGACUGUAAGUCGCUUUGGAUAAAAGCGUCUGCUAAAUGGCAUAUUAUUAUUCUUAUAGUGGGCUGCCUGACCGACAGUCUUAUAGAGAGCUGUCUUAUAAAGAGCUGCCUUAUAGAGAGCUGCCUUAUAGAGAGCUGUCUUACAGAGAGCUGCCUGACCGACUGUCAAAGAGAGCUGUCUUAUAGAGCGCUGUCUUAAAGAGAGCUGCUUUAUAGAGAGCUGCCUGACCAGCUGCCUUAUAAAGAGCAUCCUGACCAGCUGCUUUAUAGAGCACUUAUUCCUUAGUUGCUUUAUUCACAUGGUGAGCUGCAAGACCCCAGGGGACCACUGGAAUGGCCGACGGGCAGAGCGAGCCUCCAUACACCUCCUACAUUAUUUAUGAGAACAAAGUGAAUGAGAGCUGAGGUACUUACAGGGAUCAUUAGGACACAACUAAUCUAUCCCAGUAAUGUCAAUACCAACAUCUCAUUAAUGCCCAUCCAUCCCAGCUGUGAAGAGGUGGAGACUCGUACAGGAGGGGUGAAGAAGUGGAUGCUAAAGGGACUUUAUGGGUGCAUAAGGUGAUGUAAUACAUAGUAACUUUAAGGUCGGAAUGCCAAUUAAUGUUGUAAUGUUGCCAAUUCAAAUAGUCUUUCUAGUAUACAGCGGCUUGCGAAAGUAUUCACCCCCCUUGGCAUUUUUCCUAUUUUGUUGCCUUUCAACCUGCCAUGAAAAUUUAUUUUUGGGGGGUUUGUAUCAUUUGAUUUACACAACAUGCCUACCAUUUUGAAGAUGCAAAAUAUUUUUUCUUGUGAGACAAACAAGAAAUAAGACAAAAAAACAGAAGACUUGAGCGUGCAUAACUUUAGAAAGCUGACUUAUAGAGAGCUGCCUGACCGGCUGUCUUAUAGAGAGCUGUCUUAUAGAGAGCUGUCUUAUAGAGAGCUGCCUGACUGACUGUCUUUUAAAGAGCUGUCUUAUAGAGAGCUGCCUGACUGACUGUCUUAUAGAGAGCUGCCUGACCGGCUGUCUUAUAGAGAGCUGUCUAAUAGAGAGCUGCCUGACUGACUGUCUUAUAGAGAGCUGUCUUAUAGAGAGCUGCCUGACUAACUGUCUUAUAAAGAGCUGUCUUAUAGAGAGCUGCCUGCCAGGCUAACUUAUAGAGAGCUGCCUGACCGGCUGUCUUAUAGAGAGCUGUCUUACAGAGAGCUGCCUGACCGACCGUCUUAUAGAGAGCUGACUUAUAGAGAGCUGCCUUAUAGAGAGCUGCAUUAUAGAGAGUUGUCUUAUGGAGAGCUGUCUUACAGAGAGUUGCCUGACCGACUGUCUUAUAGAGAGCUAUUUAAUAGAGAACUGUCUGACUGACUGUCUUAUGAGAGCUGCCUUAUAGAGAGCUAUUUUUUAGAGAGCUGAGUUAUAGAGAGCUGUCUUAUAGAGAGCUAUUUUUUAGAGAGCUGAGUUAUAGAGAGCUGUCUUAUAGAAAGAUGCCUGACUGACUGUCUUACCGAGAGCUGUCUUAUAGAGAGAGCUGCCUGACCGACUCUAUUAUAGAGAGCUGUAUACAGAGAGCUGUCUUAUAGAAAACUGUCUCAUAGAGAGCUGCUUGACCGACUGUCUUAUAGAGAGCUGUCUUAUAGAGAGCUGUCUUAUAGAGAGCUUUCUGACUGACUGUCUUACAGAGAGCUGUUUUAUGGAGAACUGUCUUAUAGAGAGCUGUAUUAUAGAGAGCUUUCUUACAGAGAGCUGUCUUAUAGAUAACUGUCUUAUAGAGAGCUGUCUUAUAGAGAGCUACCUGGCCGACUGUCUUAUAGAGAGCUGUUGAAUAGAGAACUGUCUUAUAGAGAGCUAUCUUAUAGAGAGCUGUAUUACAGAGAGCUGUCUUAUAAAGACCUGUCUUAUAGAGAGCUGCCUGACCGACUGUCUUAUAGAGAGCUGUCUUAUAGAGAGCUGUAUACAGAGAGCUGUCUUAAAGAGAACUAUCUUACAGAGAGCUGUUUUACAGAAAACUGUCUUAUAGAGAGCUGUCUUAUAGAGAGUUGUUUUAUAGAGAGCAGUCUUAUGGAGAACUGUCUUAUAGAGAGCUGUAUAAUAGAGAGCUGUCUUAUAGAGAGCUGCCUGAAUGACUGUCUUAUAGAGAGCUGUCUUAUAAAGAGCUGUCUUACAGAGAAUUGUCUUAAAGAGAGCUGCCUUAUGGAGAGAUGCCUUACAGAGAGCUACCUGACCGACUGUCUUAUAGAGAGCUGUAUUAUAGAGAGCUGUCUUAUUGAGAGCUGUCUUACAGAGAGCUGCCUUAUAGAGAGCUGUCUUAUUGAGAGCUGUCUUAGAGAGAGCUGCCUGACUGACUGUCUUAGAGAGAGUUGCCUUAUAGAGAGCUGCCUUAUAGAGAGCUGCCUAACCGACUGUCUUAUAGAGAGCUGUCUUAUAGAGAGCUGCCUUAUAGAGCUGUCUUACAGAGAGCUAUCUUACAGAGAGCUGCCUUAUAGAGUGCUGCCUUAUAGAGAGCUGCCUGACUGACUGUCUUAUAGAGAGCUCUUUUAUAGAGAGCUGCCUGACCGACUGUCUUAUAGAGAGCUGUCUUACAGUGGGCUGUCUGACCGACUGUCUUAUAGAGAGCUGUCUUAUAGAGAGCUGCCUUAUAGAGCUGUCUUACAGAGAGCUGUCUUACAGAGAGCUGCCUUAUAGAGAGCUGUCUUAUAGAGAGCUGCCUGACCGACUGUCUUAUGGAGAGCUGUCUCACAGAGAGCUGCCUGACCGACUGUCUUAUAGACUGUCUUAUGUGACUGUCUUAUAGACUGUCUUACGUGGUCCUCUGUAGCUCAAUUGGUAGAGCAUGGCGCUUGUAACGCCAGGGUAGUGUGUUCGAUCCCCGGGACCACCCAUAUGUAAAAAUGUAUGCACACAUGACUGUAAGUCUCUUUGGAUAAAAGCGUCUGCUAAAUGGCAUAUUAUUAUUCUUAUAGUGGGCUGCCUGACCGACCGUCUUAUAAAGAGCAUCCUGACCAGCUGCUUUAUAGAGCACUUAUUCCUUAGUUGCUUUAUUCACAUGGUGAGCUGCAAGACCCCAGGGGACCACUAGAAUGGCCGACGGGCAGAGCAAGCCUCCAUACACCUCCUACAUUAUUUAUGAGAACAAAGUGAAUGAGAGCUGAGGUACUUACAGGGAUCAUUAGGACACAACUAAUCUAUCCCAGUAAUGUCAAUACCAACAUCUCAUUAAUGCCCCUCCAUCCCAGCUGUGAAGAGGUGGAGACUCGUACAGGAGGGGUGAAGAAGUGGAUGCUAAAGGGACUUUAUGGGUGCAUAAGGUGAUGUAAUACAUAGUAACUUUAAGGUCGGAAUGCCAAUUAAUGUUGUAAUGUUGCCAAUUCAAAUAGUCUUUCUAGUAUACAGCGGCUUGCGAAAGUAUUCACCCCCCUUGGCAUUUUUCCUAUUUUGUUGCCUUACAAACUGGCAUGAAAAUUGAUUUUUUUGGGGGGUUUGUAUCAUUUGAUUUACACAACAUGCCUACCAUUUUGAAGAUGCAAAAUGUUUUUUCUUGUGAAACAAACAAGAAAUAAGACAAAAAAACAGAAGACUUGAGCGUGCAUAACUUUAGAAAGCUGACUUAUAGAGAGCUGCCUGACUGACUGUCUUUUAAAGAGCUGUCUUAUAGAGAGCUGCCUGCCAGGCUAACUUAUAGAGAGCUGCCUGACCGGCUGUCUUGUAGAGAGCUGUCUUACAGAGAGCUGCCUGACCGACCGUCUUAUAGAGAGCUGACUUAUAGAGAGCUGUCUGACUGACUGUCUUAAAGAGAGCUGUCUUAUAGAGAGCUGCCUUAUAGAGAGCUGCAUUAUAGAGAGCUGUCUUAUGGAGAGCUGUCUUACAGAAAGUUGCCUGACCGACUGUCUUAUAGAGAGCUAUUUAAUAGAGAACUGUCUGACUGACUGUCUUAUGAGAGCUGCCUUAUAGAGAGCUAUUUUUUAGAGAGCUGAGUUAUAGAGAGCUGUCUUAUAGAGAGCUAUUUUUUAGAGAGCUGAGUUAUAGAGAGCUGUCUUAUAGAAAGAUGCCUGACUGACUGUCUUACCGAGAGCUUUCUUAUAGAGAGAGCUGCCUGACCGACUCUAUUAUAGAGAGCUGUAUACAGAGAGCUGUCUUAUAGAAAACUGUCUCAUAGAGAGCUGCUUGACCGACUGUCUUAUAGAGAGCUGUCUUAUAGAGAGCUGUCUUAUAGAGAGCUUUCUGACCGACUGUCUUACAGAGAGCUGUUUUAUGGAGAACUGUCUUAUAGAGAGCUGUAUUAUAGAGAGCUUUCUUACAGAGAGCUGUCUUAUAGAUAACUGUCUUAUAGAGAGCUGUCUUAUAGAGAGCUACCUGGCCGACUGUCUUAUAGAGAGCUGUUGAAUAGAGAACUGUCUUAUAGAGAGCUAUCUUAUAGAGAGCUGUAUUACAGAGAGCUGUCUUAUAAAGACCUGUCUUAUAGAGAGUUGCCUGACCGACUGUCUUAUAGAGAGCUGUCUUAUAGAGAGCUGUAUACAGAGAGCUGUCUUAAAGAGAACUAUCUUACAGAGAGCUGUUUUACAGAAAACUGUCUUAUAGAGAGAUGUCUUAUAGAGAGUUGUUUUAUAGAGAGCAGUCUUAUGGAGAACUGUCUUAUAGAGAGCUGUAUAAUAGAGAGCUGUCUUAUAGAGAGCUGCCCGAACGACUGUCUUAUAGAGAGCUGUCUUAUAAAGAGCUGUCUUAUAGAGAAUUGUCUUAAAGAGAGCUGCUUUAUGGAGAGAUGCCUUACAGAGAACUACCUGACCGACUGUCUUAUAGAGAGCUGUAUUAUAGAGAGCUGUCUUAUUGAGAGCUGUCUUACAGAGAGCUGCCUUAUAGAGAGCUGUCUUAUUGAGAGCUGUCUUAGAGAGAGCUGCCUGACCGACUGUCUUAGAGAGAGUUGCCUUAUAGAGAGCUGCCUUAUAGAGAGCUGCCUAACCGACUGUCUUAUAGAGAGCUGUCUUAUAGAGAGCUGCCUUAUAGAGCUGUCUUACAGAGAGCUAUCUUACAGAGAGCUGCCUUAUAGAGUGCUGCCUUAUAGAGAGCUGCCUGACUGA